GGUCUAACUGGGGAGAUUUAAGUAGGGCACGGACAGAAGAGCAAAGUAUGGUGACAAAACUGGGUAAACCUGACGUUUCUGGAGUCUUGAAUGGCGGUUAGGUAAUGAGCGUUGCGAGUUCAUUGCACAUUUGAAGCGGGUCUGGGACUGCCUGGAGAACGAUGGUUAUUAGACAUCUGGUGCACAAAUCCGGCUGAGCAGUAGAUCUGGGUGGCUGACGCUUCAAGUUGCAAGCUUGAAGAUCUUUUUUUGGUCUCUCAUGGUUAGCGAGAAGGCACGGCUACAUGAUCAUUUUCACUCCGGUUUGUGCGGGGACGCUCGAACAAAGUCCAUGCCACAAAUAUCAGUAACACACACUCUAUGACACAGGCACGACUUAAGAUUCGAUCAAUAUCCUCCUAAAACACCAAAGUUAUUCUGAGUCCCGAUCUGUUUUAUGAUGUCACGUGAUGAUAAUUGCUAGGCAUUGCCCCCUAUGCUUUUCCACAAGCCCAUGUGUGUUUCUUUUCUUCAUCGGUAUGGAUAAGCAAAGACCCCCAUAAAUGAUAUAAACUUGUCCAGUCUUCACUGGCAAACGCCUGUGCUCACAAUGUCGGAUAUCAACAGCGAAGUGUCAGCCAUUCCCUACCUGUUACCCAGUCUUAACAACUCCUUUGGUGCCUACUACAUCGGCCUUUUAUUCUCUGCUGUCUUUUAUGGUUUCACAAAUUUACAACUCGUAACAUAUCUUCAAACUCAGUGGAAGCAUGAUCGAGUUGUUUAUAAAAUAAUGGUUGUAUGGCUUUGGUUGCUUGACACGAUCCAUAUUGCUCUUAUCUCGCACAUGUUAUACUAUCACCUCAUCACAAACUUUGCAGAUCCCCUCGCACUCACCGUAAUAAUUUAGAGUUUCAAGGCACAGGCCAUAAUAGCCAUGAUUAUCGUAUUCUCUGUUCACUGUCUGUAUGCUCAUCGUCUCUGGAUUUUGGGAAAGGGACGGAACCGUAUUCUUUCUGUGAUACAAGUUGUUGUCGUAGCUCUUGACACAGGUUUCAGCAUAUUUCUAUGUUACAUCAUAUUUCAGUGCCACUUAUACAGCGAUUUGCGGACGGUGAAAUGGGAGCCUAUAACUGUACUUUCCGUGCUCGCCUCCAAUGACUUCCUCCUUGCGGCAUCCAUGUGCUAUCUCCUGGCCUUAUCACGAACUGGAUUCUCAAAGACGGACACAACAAUCAAAAGAAUAGUCGUUUAUGUGUGUAGUUCCGGGUGCUUGACAAGCCUCUGCUCUCUGGCCGCGAUUAUUGCAUGCGCGGUGAUGCCAAAUAACGCUAUCUCCCCAGCAAUCGAAUUUUUACUCUCCAAGCUCUAUGUGAACUCGUUUAUUGCACUUCUCAAUUCGCGGAGUCAUGCAGAGCAUUUUGGAGAUGUCAGUAUGUCGACUCUUGUAUCUGUCUCACAUCCAGUCAAGUGCCAAGACGACGAAGAGCGUCGAACUUUUGGAGUAC